AUGCUACACCGCUCAGCCCUAGAAGAUGAAGCCAGACCGUUCCACACCAGGCGUCCAUCGGGCCCGCUCACAGAACCGCCCUCGGCACCUGUUCCCAACCGGCCCUCCUCUCGCUCAUCCCGGCCUGGCUCCCGCAAUCGAAUGGCCAAGUCUGGAGCCGUGACUCCCACAGGACUGGGGGUGGUCACGGAGAACGGCCCCGAACUUCAUCCUGAGAGUCUCAAAAUGGCUAGCCCUAUCAAGGAAGGGCUGGGUAGCCUGAACCGUUGGUCUCAGUCAACAACCUCGAGCAAGAGCCCUUCUGAAUGCACGGGCCACCGCCGAGGCAGCUCCAAAAUAUCCAUAUCAGGCCACAGCCCUCACGGGGCCCCAGGCCUAGGCGAAUUACCCGAGUUGAGCCUUCCUGAGUUUAGGACAUCGGACAUGUUAUCCACCGAUUCCCCUGCCUCUCAACUUGAUCUUUCCUUUACGGCCUCUAGCCAUGUCUUCCAAAACCCAGCAAAUGAUUUGAGGGAUAAUGCACAAUCCUACCAACCGGACUAUAUGGUUGCUCGUGCUAGUGAAGGCGCGUCUUCUUCGGUAGACGGAGAAGGUGAGGCAGACCGGCAGCAUGGCCAAACUCAAAAAGCAAUGCUUUCGAAGGCCCUACAAAAGGCAAACACAGCAGUUCUUCUUGAUAACGCCGCCAACUUUGAGGGCGCAAUGGAAGCCUAUACUGAUGCAUGCCAGUUACUGCAGCUGGUGAUGCUACGUAGUAACGGAGGCGAUGAAGAGAAGCUCAAACUGCAAGAAAUUCGCGAUACCUAUAUGAUCAGAAUCACCGAGCUCCAGCGCAUGGACUUUCCGCUCCCAGAUAACGCCGAUAAGGCUCUUCCUGAGCGCCCUAUUAGUCAAGAGUCUUACGGUGAAUUGAUGCAUUCAUCCGCGACCGAUAAUUCUCGUACCGGGAGCCAACAAAGCUCUGCGCAUUCCAGUCUCGGUCUCCAAAUAGCGACCGAAGAAGCGAAAUCCUUAUUUUUUGAGGCGGUCCCACCUCGCCGCCAGUCUUUGCGGCCAUCUGCGCAUUCGGACAGAGCGACUCCCUCGAGCGGAUCCAACAAUACGUAUAAUGGUCAGUACUUGGACACAUCUGCCCAAGAAACUAAUGAAUCAACAUCUUGGCUGGACACGAUUGAUGAGUCUGGCGCGUCCUCGCCAUCGUCGGCGAAGUCAAAGGCGUCUUCGGUAUAUCUACGCCAGCGCACAAGCCGUCGCAUUAGCACUGAUACGGAAGCGGAGUUCGACGCAGCACUUGAUGCGGCCGUGGAAGCUGCGUACGACGAGGGCCUUGAGCCCGUCUUGGAGUACCAUGAAGACCAAAGUUUUGACGUCGUGGCCAAUGCUCGCCGGAAUAUCGAGCUCGCAAAGCAGCGGGUGCGGGAAGCAGAAAUGGAAGCUGAGGUCGCGAUGAAUCGUGGCCGCGAAAUGCGUCGCAUCCAGGAACAAAACUUGGAACAGGACCUAGAGCCCCAACGUGAUUCCGACUACCUCGACGAGGAGGCGGAGGAGGAAGAGCGCCUUCUUGAAGAGAUGACAAAGGGCUACGUUAUGGACGAAUUCGAGUUUGGUAUCCAAUCCAAAUCUGCUCUGCCCCGGGAAUCCGACUCGAGCAACAUGUCGGGAAGAACGUGGGAAAGUUCAGCAGCAUCUAAUAUCACGGGCAAUGGGGCUACUCUUUCUACCCUCACCGAGGACGAUGACAUCCUACCACCUGACCAAAGACCAGACAGGAUUGGUCUUCCAUCUUCCCCACCCUCUGUGGCAUUGCCUCCAAUUCCAGUAUCGUCAGACUUCCCAGCCUUGCCGGCUCAGAGGAUUUCUCUAACAAACCCCCCUCCUCCCAUUAUGGGUCCGCCUCCCGUUCCGGGUGUGCGAGCCCGGAGAAUCUCGAAGCGGGAUUCUAAGGAUCUCACGAUCGAAACAAGUACACGUCCUCGCGCAGACUCGAGUGCCUCGGGGUUGUCCUUCUCAACUCCUUUGGCGAGCCGGCCGCCACCACCCCUUCCCAAAGACGAUAUGUCCUCUGACACCCCCAAGACUUCUAUGACCGGGACCAGAUCCAGCUCCAGCUUGCAUCCUUCCAAACGCAAUCCGUCAGUCAGCUCGUUUAUGGAUCAACCCACCCUCGCCAGAACACGUACCCAUGAGGAUGACGAACUUGGGCUUUCACCUUUACCUUUAUCCGCACGGCCCAUCGGCAAGGUACCCUCAGCCCCAGAUGGUCUGGACAAGAUUAAUUCCAACGCCAAUGCUUUCAGGAACCGCAAUGUGUCUGUUCCCAACCCUGAGACAGCACCUGUGUCUCCAACCACGCCAUGGAGUGGUUUAUUCCCGGGCCUGGAUGCUCAAAAGGCCGCCACGGCAGGGAGCAUCCCCGUCAUGCCUACCCCCACCGGGGCCUACUUCACGCAGAAUGGGUUACCCACGGGUGGUCUCAAUAUUCUGGACUGCAACAUUCACUCCCCUACCGCCUUAGGCCGCCCGAAUUCACUAGUUGCUAAUGCGCCGCUACCGUUAGAGCCAUGCCCGGAGUCUUUCCUUCUGCGCCCAUUCUGGCUCAUGCGAUGUCUGUAUCAAACACUCGCCCACCCCUAUGGCGGGUAUUUAUCAGCGAAGCUAUUUGUUCCUCGGGAUGCGUGGCGCGUGAAAAAUAUCAAGAUCAAAUAUCUCGAGGACAAAGUGUCGAAUUGUGAUCUUCUUACGGCGGCUCUCUUGAAGCUAGCCCAAGUUGAUACAUAUGACGCAGAUGCUGUUUUGGAAGAGAUGCAAUCUUUUGAGUCUGUUCUUGACCAGGUCCAAACUGCUUUGUCCAAGAAGCUAGGCCAUGAGGUCGGAGUUCACACAUCCAUGCCUCUCUUUCGAUCAAAUCCUACGUCGGAAGAUGGCGCCCAUCCUGAUCCUCCCCCAUCCAGGACCUCUGGAACUUCUAACAAAUCGUACUUACCGACUUGGAAGCGAUUGCGAGCAAAGACUUCCGGUAUUAGUACCACCCCGUCAUCUACUCCAAGCGCCCGGGAGAGCAACAAAGAAAAUUUCCUAUCAAAUUCUCUGCCUAUGGCACCGGGCCCUACACCUCAUGCAAAGCGUAACGUCACUCACCUCGAGUUCUCAGGCCCGAGUGCCAAUUACAUGGGAGCCCUGGCACGUCUCUUCGAUGCUGCUCAAGUGAUAGGUACGUAUCAAAUUCCGGGGGGGGGGGGUUUCUUUUCUUCGGUGGUUGCCGUCCUAACCGCCGGAUUAGAUCAAAUCGCUCAGCAAGUUGAAGAUCCUGGGCUCAAACAUUCCUCCUCAACCCAUGUUGGUCUGGAGCUCAGUACACGACACGCCGCCGAAUUCUUCGGCUUCUACGUGUGCCGAUUCGCUCUGGUCGAUUUGGGCAUGAUGCUUGACAAGUAUAUCAAGCGAGGCAGCGAGCAUGUUUUGAUCUAG